AUGGAUUGUCACUGGCGGCCGGACUGGCGGCUGAUUACAUACAAAGGGAAAUUGUCACCUGAAUGCGUGAAGAAAUACCACCGCAUCUACGUCACCAAGAGAAGUGCGCCAAGAAACUACCAGUACUUCCACGAGGCUAUGUCCGACCAAUCCAGUGAUGCUGACGAUGAAAUUAAAUGGAGAAUCGUUGGCGGGGACCAAGUUAGCAUCAAACAGAUUCCCUAUCAAGUACUCUAUGGUAUGUAUUGCGGUGGAGUUUUGAUAGCACCAGACUGGGUUCUGACGGCUGCUCACUGCAAAGAUAAAAGCGACUUCAUCCUAGCCGGUUCGACAUACAGGAGUAGGGCAACCCGAUAUCCCGUUUGCGCUCACUUCUUUCAUCCGUUGUGGAACUCGUCUUCAAAACUCCACAGCCAUGACUAUGAUUAUCAACUGCUCUUGUUGGAAGUGGCAGUGCCAGUGACCAUGGAAAGUAGACCUGUUGCUAUAGGCCAUGCUAACGACAUCCAGCCAGGGGCUUUGAUAUCGGUCAGCGGUUGGGGCCACAUCGAGUAUAAGAGCAGGCUGAUGCAAGACGUGGUUCGUCGGGCGUAUAUUCCUGUCAUCAGUUAUUACGAGUGCAAAUCUUUACCGCUGCCAAACUACAGGAAUAUUACGACUAGAAUGUUCUGCGCCGGCUACAAGAAUGGAACUAAGGAUUCUUGUCAAGGUGACUCCGGUAGUCCUGCUAUUAUCAAAGGAAAGCUGGUCGGCAUAGUGUCCUUCGGCGUCGGUUGCGCAGUGAAGAACCAGCCAGGGGUUUAUACCGACGUGCCUAUCGCCAGAGCCUGGAUACGAUCAGUGACGGGUCUACCGCUUUGA